UGUCGGGCAAGGUGUGCACGUCAACCAGGAAUGCGGGCAACAUGCGGAAAGCAGAGUGCGACUCCAUGUUUUGCAAGAUCACUGCUGCUUCCAUAGGGCUGCUUUUGACUACACCUGAGGGAGAAAGGUACCGCCAGGCUGAAAGGGCAGCCCGGCACCAGAAGAUACGGCGGUACCUGUCAGAAAAGCUGUCUAAUCUCAAGAGAAAUCACUACAAAGGCUCAUCCCUUUGCUGCCUGUCCUCCCCCGAUGCGUGGUCCCACCACGGACUGCCCAUGCUGUUGCAGGUCUGCCAUCACUUGCACCCCAUGUUGUAGCCUUUUUAACCUUUUCUUCAUAUUAAUUUAGCUUAAUUUAUAUAUUGGCAAUACUAUUGAAAUGGAACAAAUGUACUAUCGCA